AUGUCUAAAGAUUCUUCUCGCACCUACGUCCACCUUAAUCAACCCCGGGUUGCUGAUUUGUUCGAGGACUUUUGCCGCGAUAAGCUUCCCCAUGAGGACAUAUACGUUCCACCGCAGCACCAACCAAUCAACCCUGAAGAUGAAGAUGACGUCGUCCCGGACCAACAUGCAGCGUUCGGCAUCCAGCGAGCUACUCAGAAGAUGCGAGAACCAGCAUGGAAAGAUCUUGGUCUGAAUGAACUUAUGAGCAAGGGGCCAAAAGAUCCGUUUACGUUGCCGCGGGGAACAUCUUCUGGAGGCAAGAUGCCUCGAUGA